CUGCCGUUGUGGAAUUCAGUAAGAUUAGGACUCACCUUAUUCUUCACUUGUUUUCUCAGAGCAAAAUAUCUUGCAAAACCGCCAAGAGACCAAAACUCAACGCUGAACAUCCACUUCUUCAUUGACACAAUGUUAUCAAACAGGCAAAGUGAAGUCACGGUACGCAGAAGCGUUCGACUGACCAACGCAGGAUAUUACAACCAUCUAGGAAAACCAGUCAUUUCCUACAAGGAGACGGCUACGUACAAAAAAAGGAGGUUUUCUCCAGACGGUCUGAGAAAGUCCAUCGCCAAGAAAAUCAGCAUGGCCAGCGGGAUCAUAGGGGCCAACAGGGACAGCGGGGUCAACAGGGACAGCGGGGACAGCGGGGCCAACAGGGACAGCGGGGCCAACAGGGACAGCGGGGCCAGCGGGGCCAACAGGGCCAGCGGGGCCAACAGGGACAGCGGGGCCAGCGGGGCCAACAGGGACAGCGGGGCCAGUGGGGCCAGCUGGGGCAACGAGGCCAGCGGGGCCAACAGGGACAGCGGGGGCAACCGGGACAGCGGGGGCAACCGGGCCAGUGGGGCCAAUGGGGCCAGCGGGGCCAACAGGGCCAGCGGGGCCAACAGGGCCAGCGGGGCCAACAGGGCCAGCUGGGCCAGCGGGGCCAACAGGGACAGCGGGGCCAGCUGGGGCAACGAGGCCAGCGGGGCCAACAGGGACAGCGGGGGCAACCGGGCCAGUGGGGCCAAUGGGGCCAAUGGGGCCAGCUGGGCCAGCGGGGCCAACAGGGACAGCUGGGCCAGUGGGGCCAGCGGGGCCAAAGAGGCCAGCGGGGACAACAGGGACAGCGGGGGCAACUGGGCCAGUGGGGCCAACGGGGCCAGCGGGGGCAACGGGGCCUGCUGGAACGGCAUUAUUCGCUGGCUGUUCUUCAUGCUGCUCAUGUGUCUUGGAAUUGUAUACUUCACCCUGGCUCUAUCCAUGAACAGCAACUCUCUUGACUCAGGACCCUCAGCGUCACUUUUCCCAUCAACCAAGCGGGAUAAGGCCUUGAGCACAUAUGAAUGGAUGGGGGAGCGGAUGAGAAUGCUGCAGGACAAGGUGCUGAGGUUAAAGUGGGUCAAGGAGCCACCAGGGGACACUAUGCCCAACUUUGCCCUGGAGUCGCAAGGGGCCCUUGUUUUAGCUCGAUUGUCCUCGGAAACAUACCAAUGCACCGGACCAACCUGUUUUCUUUCAUCCCUGAUAUCUCUUUGGAGACAACCUGUAGACCCAAGUAUUGUGACUCAGGGAGGACCAAUCGUGGAUGGACGCUGCUGGCCAUUUGAUGGUGAGCGUGGACAUUUAGCCCUGUCCCACCCAGUGACCAUCAGCCAUGUGACACUGGGUCACAUUUCAAAGACCGUGUCGCUAACUGGCAGCAUCUCGAACAGCCCAAAGAUGUUUGCUGUCUAUGGCAUGAAGACUAAAGAGGAUGAAGGUACCCUACUAGGAACCUUUCUUUAUGAUCAGGACGGCGAGUCAUUGCAGACUUUCAAACUGUCUGAUCAGGAAGCAGGUGUCUUCAGCCAUGUGAAGCUGCAAGUCGAGAGCAACUGGGGAAAUCCUGACUACACUUGCGUGUACAAUUUCAGGGUCUAUGGGACCAUAUAGAAGACGGUGUUUGCUCCUAUAUGGGAUAUGGUGUACUGUGAGUGUUCACCAUACGAACCUGCUGGUUAGAGGUGUGGUGUACUGUGAGUGUUCACCAUACGAACCUGCUGGUUAGAGGUGUGGUGUACUGUGAGUGUUCACCAUACGAACCUGCUGGUUAGAGGUGUGGUGUACUGUGAGAGUUCACCAUACGCACCUGCUGGUUAGAGGUGUGGUGUGCUGUGAGUGUUCACCAUACGCACCUGCUGGUUAGAGGUGUGGUGUGCUGUGAGAGUUCACCAUACUUCCAUAGUUUGAGGGCUGCACGGUGGCAGAGUGAUCAGCACUGUAGCCGCACAGAGGAAGGACUGGUGAUCGGUCUCUGUCUGUGUAGAGUAUUCUCUCCGUGCAUGCAUGGGUUUUACCAGGUACUCUGGUUUCCUCCCAUACACAAAUAAUAAUAAUGAUUAUUGUUCAAUAAAAAUCAAAAAAAUA